AUGAGGAUACUAUCAUACUGGAUCUUCCCCAUCAUAUCGGGCCUCGUCUGGCUCGGCAUGCUCCUCGGCAUGCUCCUCUACUGGAUCGUUGAGACGCACCGUGUCCUCUACCCGUCCAUGUCUCCUCCGCAGAACAUCGCAUACAUCAGCGACGUGGGCGCCUACUACCUCAAGCCUCUCUUCAUCACGGGCUGCGUCAUCACCACGAUCUUCCUCGACCUAUCCUUCUUCUCCGACCGCUGGCUCCGUCACCGCGGCCGCCUCGUGCCCAACACCUCGACCGGCGAGAAGGUUCUCUACGGCCUUACGAUCCUUUUUGCGAUCGUCGGCACCGUCGGGCUGAUCUGCCUCAGCAUCUUCGACACUUACCGCCACAAGAACCUGCACCUCCUGUUCCUAUUGUUCUUCAUGGGCGGCUACCUGUUGUCCGCCAUCUUCAUAUGCUGGGAGUACCAACGCUUGGGCAUCAAGUACCCCGACCACCAUAGCCUUGCAGCCUCGUUCUGGAUCAAGCUUGUCUUUAUCAUUGUCGAGAUCGCGCUGGCUAUUGGCUUCAUCGUCUGCAACUUUAGGGAGAUGUACAACGCCGCGGCCAUCCUCGAGUGGACUGUUGCCUUCAUAUUCUCGUUUUACAUCUUUUCGUUCACGGUCGACCUGUUGCCCGCGGCCAAGACGCGUAACAAGGCGAAUCGGUUCUCGAAGCCGGGGAUGCGGGAGUGGCACGCUGGCCAGCCCCAGUUCUAG